CCGUAUAUCAUUGCUCUCAAAUUAAGCGCAGUCUAUUAAUCCAGUACCGGAUUGUGAUGUGCUAACUAUUUUUUGAAAUUAGCUUUUUGACAAGGCAGCCGAAAAAGUGGAAUUUCCGAGGUUUACGUCAAGUCCUUGAAGGCAGCACUAUUGUUGGCUCUCGGUGCACUGUGGACUUGGCUUGCACAGACAGUCCUUCGCUCAAAGUAGAUGCUUGUCUCGCUGUAGUUUGUUUACCUCCGCUUGUUUUACUCUUGCCAGCUCAAUAAUGGAAGGGAAUGUUUGCAGCAUUCAGGUUCUCCUUUGGGCAGCCGAGUUCGUGGAGAGGAAAGGCCGAGAUUGCACAGGAAUUUUCAGCUAGAUGGUACCGUGGCCGAUCUGUGCCAUUUGACUCAGUGACCUACAUAUCGGUGGCAUCUUUGUAUUGGAAGGCGCCAAUCUCACCAAGUUUGAAAAUGAAUCCGGGGCGGCGCUCGUCAGUCCUGCUCGAUGAAUGAAAAGACCGACUGGGCAGGAAAGCUGCAUUUAUCGUGCAUUCUGCAAACUGAGUCAAUGCUAGUUGAAUUUAAGGCUGAACAUGGAUAUGCUUCACCUCCGCCUCUCAGCCCCGGUAACUCGGAUAAAAGAAGCAAACAGAAGAACAAGAAGAUUUCUGCUGCUGGCGGUAAAAGGACAGUUCACAACGAGCUGGAGAAAAACAGACGAGCUCAGCUGAGGCAGUGCUUGGAGCAGCUGAAGAAGCAGGUUCCUCUCUCCACCGACUCAAUGAGGAACACCACCCUGAACCUGCUGAGACAAGCUCAGCUUCACAUAAAGAAGCUGCAGGAGCAGGACGAGCGUGCGGAGCAGCUGAAGGACCGCCUUCGCUGGGAGCAGAGGGAGCUGCGGGUUCGGCUGGAGCAGCUCCAGAGGGGCACGGAGAGGAUGAGGAACAACAGCCAGGGGUCCACCAUGUCCUCCGAGAGGUCGGACUCAGACAGAGAAGACGUGGAGGUGGACGUGGAAAGCAUCGUGUUUGACUGCGCGGACUCUGACGGGCUGGGUGUUGCACACACGGACGCGGACCACAGUUACUCCAGCUUGGACAGGUCCUGGCUAUGACCACCAUGACACAGGGUUUAACCAGAGGGAGGGGAGGAAGAAAAACAUUCCAAAAAAAACGAGACGACAGAGGAUGAGGGAAGACGUGGAUACUGUAGACAACCGAACACUUUUGUUUUUAUGGGACAGCUUUCUUUUGCGUGGGGUGGUGGGGGGUUUGUCCUUUCAAAAUAAGUUCAGGCUAAUAAUGUGUUCAAUUGCACUAAACUGGGACGGAUGUUACAGCAUGAAUAAGCAUUCCUCUGAUAAAGCAAUUAUGCAUUUUUGUUCCCAAAAGCCAUGAGGUGUUAGCCUUUCUGUCAUUUAGGAAUUCGGUUUUUAUCAAAACAAGGGCUUUAAUACAAAUUUCCUUCAUGUCUGUGCUGAAUUCUUUCUGCCUUAAACCAGAUUUAAACUAACGUUCUACACUGCUUCUCUUUAGCACUAAGUCUAUAUUGCAACAAUGUCACAUUUAUCAUGCACUUAAAACAUUAUUUCUGUUUUGUUUUCCUUUUUUUUGUCCUCCUAUGUAAGUUCCCUUCAUGUAUUUAUAGCUCUUUUUCUUCUGUUGCACAUAACGUCCACCCGUUGCACUUGUUUUGUCAGAAGGACGAUGGGUAGGGCAAGAGAUGAGGGGGGAAAAAAUCAACAACCAGGAAAUGGGGGAAGGAAGAAAAAAAAAAAA